AUGCAAGGAAGAUCGCUUUCUCUCGCUGCUUUGUUUUUCUGUCUUUCUUUCUUCCAAGUGCGUUGCCAGGAGGCAAAGACCUCCAUGCACUUCGGAAAAGAGAAGGUCACCCACCUUCACUUCUAUCUCCACGACAUCAUCAGUGGUAAGAAACCAAGCGCAGUCAUGGUGGCCCAUGCUAACACAACGGAGAAGGGCCCCACCCCAUUCGGCAGCGUCUUCGCCAUCGAUGACCUCAUAACGGAAGGCCCAGAGCCUACAAAGGUCAUUGGCAAUGCACAGGGGCUCUACGUUUCAUCGGGUCAGGACAUUCUAUCGCUCGUCUUAGUCGUUGACUUUGGGUUCACCUCAGGGAAGUACAAUGGCAGCUCUUUCAGUGUGUUAUCGAGGAAUCCGAUAACGGAGGUAGAGAGGGAACUUGCAGUUGUUGGAGGGAGAGGGAAGUUCAGGCUUGCAAGAGGGUUCGCUCAUCUUAAGACAUAUUACUUAAACAUCACAAAUGGAGAUGCUAUCAUUGAAUAUGAUGUCACUUUGUUACAUUACUGAGGUUUUGUGACUAUGAUUAUCCGUGCGUGGGUGGAUGAGAGGAGAGGGUAUGAAUUGGUGUUAGGUUUUGGGUUUGUUGGUUCUUGUGCUUGUGUUGGUUCUAUAAGCCCAGAAAUAAAUAAGAUAAGUAGGGUCUAGGUUUUGGUUUA